AUGGCGCCCUCGUCUGUCCUCACUUCCUUCUUCCUUUUCUCCCUUGUUAUGCACCAUGGGGCCUCCCCUCUCAUGCCCCCAGCCGUCCGGGUGCUCAUGAACUACGAGAAGAUCCAGUUCCAGACGGUCACCGACCCGGAGAGCCUCGCCUCCUCGACGCCGCCGGAGGCGGACCUUACACCGGCGUCUCCGACUGGCGAGUCCUGAAGUGGGAAAGCCCCUCUCGCGGGUGGGUCGAGUUCGCCGUUCCCAAGCCAGAUAGGUGACGACCGUAAACUCAGUGCUAAAUUAGACAAUUCGAUUAUAUAAAAUCUUUAAAUUUUUCAUAGCAUCAAUGUAUGAAGAUAUAAUGCACCUUUGACGGGUCUCUCUCACUAUCUCCCUCACGAUGUUAACAGGAAUGGAGUACGGUGCAAUGCUUUGGCGGUCCCCGAGAUGGAGGACAGAUGCGGGAGACCUCUUGGACUGCAGUCCCAUCGAGCCACGGGGAACCUCUACAUUGCUGACGCCUAUUACGGCCUCCUGGUGGUCGGUCCUGGUGGCGGGGUGGCGACGCAGCUCGUCGUCGCUGCCGAAGCUAAGCCGUGGACGUCGACCAAGAGAGAGGGCUCGUGUACUUCACCGAUAUCAGUACCCAAUUCCAGAGAAGGUCCUCACUGCCUCCACCUCUUCCUCUCCCCAUCAUUUCAUUCAUCUCCGUUACAGUUCUCUAGCUAACUGACUCAUAAAAAAUCGCUACAAAUGUAUAUCAGUGGAACCUGAACUUAAGCAAACAAUGUUGGAAUGUUAUUAUUGCUGCUUAUAUCAAACACGUGAUGUUUAAUCUAUGGUCAAUAAUAUUGAAACAACAUAUUAUAGUAGAUCAAUGUUCUAGCUGAGAAGAGAUAUAGAAAGAGUGUUGGCGGUGUCAGUCCAUCAAGGCUGACCUGUUCGGGAGACGUGCGAGGAGCCUCCUCCUGUCUCAACCAUUCGAGAGAUGUGUAAGAGACCCUCUCCCAUCUGACUUGUAUAGGACACAUGUGAGGAGUGAGGGACAGUGACACAGUUGUCACCUCAUCUCAUCUAACCCGGUCAAGGGUUGUGCAAGGAGGGAGAGACAAUUGCUACCUCAUUCCUUUUGACUCGUUCGGGAAUCGUGCAAGGAAAGAGAGAGCAAGAAACGAGAAAGGUUGAAGCCGUCACCUCUGAGAUGUGUGGGCUUGUUUGCAUGUAGAUUGAGAUAUUUCUUUUUUAAAGGUAGUUAUCUUUUCUUGUUUUCUAUAAAUAGGACAUGUAUUUUUCCUAUUUCUAGUACAAUGAACUACGAGAUUAUUCUCUCUCUCUCUUGGUUCUAUUCUCUCUCUCCAUCAUCUCAUUUACUCUUUGUUGGUCUCUCUUCUCUUUUCUAUUAUAUGUAAAUUCCUUAUAGAAAGAGAUAAGAUUUUAUUGCUAACUCUCUAGUGUGUGAGUCAUCUCGAUGACAUCGAGAAAUAGAUUAGAGGUGUCUAGUAAAAGUUUUGUUUUCAGAAUUCUUGAUAGUUUAAUAAUUUUUCUUUUAUUUGUUCUCAUUGAUAUUUAAAAAUUAAAUUUCUAUUAUUAUUGUGAUCAUGUGCUUAUAUAUUUAUUUCUACAAGUGGUAUUAAAGUAUUGAUUUGAUUAUUUCUAAAUUUACUAUGGCUUCUAAGGUGCAUAUUGACAUCUAGAAGUUAGAUAAGUCUUCUAACUUUAAUCUAUGAAAUCAUUGUGUAUAAUAUAUUGUUGUAGACUAACUUAUAUAAGACUUUGGAUGGACUAAAGCUAGACAAGAUCAAUGGUGAUAAUUAGAAGAUAAUGAAGAAAAAAGUUAGAGGUUUUAUUCAUACAGAUUUGUCUAAUUGAACUCUUUAAUAAGUCAUGAAUAAAUACAAUCUAAAAGAACUCUAGAAGAAGUUAGAGAAGUGAUAUGCAUUAAAGUUAAUGAUGAGUAAACUGAUAUUAAAGAUAAAAUUAGUUAGGUUAGGCAUGUUAGAUAGAGAUAUUUGGCAUCAUAUUGAUUAUUUUAAUUAUUGAAAUGACUUAUUUCAUAUGAAGUCAAAUUUUUCUAAUGAGAAUAAAGUUAUUAUUCUCUUUGUUUCUCUUAUUAAUUUAUAUGAUCAUCUUGUUAUAACCUUGUUGUAUGAUAAUACAAUAUAUAUUUUUAAAAAUAUUAUUGACUCAUUGAUAGAAUAUUAUCAUUUGAAAAAAGAUAGUUGUGAACCUCAUGGUGAACGUUUAUAUGUGAAGGGUAGAAGAGAAUACUUAAGGUAAAAAGAGAAAAGAUCAUCAUGAGACAAGAAGUGUUGAUCUAAGUCACAUAAAAUUAGUUAAAAAAUCAAACUUAUCACAACUAUCAUGAAAAAGAACAUUUGUGAAGAGAUUAUUCAAAGAACCGAAGUGAUAAGACAAGAAAAAGUGAAUCUAAUUCGACUAAUGUUGUGAAAGUUGAGGAUAUAAAAGAGAAAAAGUUAUUUUAGUAUUCUUACAAUUAAAAAAUUAUUGAACACAUAGAUUCUUGAUAUUGAUUGUUUUUAUUAGAUGUGUUUUAAUGUUAACUAGUUUGACCCAUAUAAGAGUGUCAUGGGAGUAUUUUCAUGAAAAAUAAUGUAGCUUGUAAAGUUGUUGUCAUUAGUUUGGUCAAGGUUCGAAUGUUUGACUAAGUGGUCUAAGAGCUUAGAAAUAUUCAUUAUGCUCCAAUAUUGUACUAGAAUUUGAUUUUUCAUAGAGUAUUAAAAGUGAAUAAAUGUUACUUCAAAGGUGAAAAUAAAAUCUUCAAGAUUAUCAAGGGAUCACUCAUUAUAAUGAAGGAAAGACAUCAAUGAGCAAAUAUUUAUAAACUUAAAGGGAUUACUGUUGUAAGUAAAACUUGUGUUGUGAUAUCAGAUGAUUUCAUGAUUGAUGACACUCUUUUAUGACACUUGUGAUUGAGAUAUAUGAGUGAGAUAAGUAUGCAUAAGUUACAUGCACGAUAAUUACUUUCUGAUGUGAAAACUUAUAACUUAAAUUUUUGUAAGUACUAUAUCAUGAGAAAACAAUACAAAAUAACAUUCAAGGUAGUGAAAUAUAAUAUAGGUAGUGUGCUGGAUUAUAUUCAUUCAAAUGUGUGUGAUUCAAUUGAUGUGACGUCGAUAAAUUGUGUUUAUUAUUUUUUAACUUUUGUUGAUGAUUUUUUUGAGAAAGUUUAAAUAUUCUUCUUAAAACAUAAGUUAAAAGUAUUUGUGAAGUUUAAGACUUAAUGUGUAAAAUUGAAAAAUCAGAUAGAGAGGAAGAUCAAAGUCCUAUAGACUAACAAUGGUACAGAUUUUAAGAAUUUUGAAUUUAAUCAAUUUUGUGAUGAGUAUGAUAUUCAACAUCAUUAUAUGGUGAAGAAGACUCCACAAUAGAAUAGUGUUAAUAAACAGAUGAGCCACAUGAUUGUUGAGAGAGCAUAGUGUUUACAACUAAAUGCUGACUUGUCUAAGAAGUUAAGUAUGAUAGCUUAUUUGGUGAAUAGAUUGUCAUAUUAUAUUCUUUAUGGGAAGGUUGUUGAAGAGGUAUGAAUUGAAAAUCUUAUUGGCUAUUUGAAUUUACAUAUUUUUAGAUGUCCAAGAUUUUUCUUUACAACUACUAAUGAGCAAUCAAAGUUAGAUCUAAAGUUGAAAAAAUGUAUCUUCUUAUACUAUAGUGUUAAUGUGAAGAGAUAUUAACUUUGAGAUUUAAAGACAAAGAAGUUUAUUUUUAGUAGGGAUGUAGUCUUUGAUGAAGAUCACAUAUUGAAGUCCUUUAUAGAACUCAUGUUUCAAGAAUCUAAUGAUACUCAUGUUGAAGAUAGAGUAAGGUUGAAAAUGAAGAUUGUGUAGAGUCUUUCUAAUUUUAUUUUGAGUAAAGAUCGAGUUGUAGAAACAUCAAAUGUUCUUGAUUGUAUUAGAUGGGUAGAUAUAAAGUAAAGCCUCCUACUUAUCUUGAUGAGUAUAUUGUAUUUACAUUAUUUAUAGGAGAUGGUGAACCCAUAACUUUUCAAGAGGUAAUUAAUUGUCCUAAAAAAGAGAAGUGGUUGUAGAUGAUGUUUGAAGAGCAAUUAUUUUUAGACAAGAAUCACACAUGAGAAUUAGUAGAUCUUCCUACAAGAAAAUGAGUUAUUUAAGUAUAAAUUAAUAUAUAAGAAGAAGUCACUGAUGAUUAAUGAUGACCAACUAUAAUACAAGAUACGACUUGUUGCACAAAAUUUUACACAGAAAUAAGGAAUUAACUAUAUAUAGAUCUUUUCAUAUGUUGUGAAGUCCAUAUUUAUUCGCUUGAUGUUAGUCAUUAUCACACAUAAAGAUAUAGAACUUAAACAACUAGAUGUAAAGACGGUUUUUCUUCAUAGAGAUUUAGAUGAGACUAUUUAUAAUGUAACAAUUAGAGGGUUUUAUUGUCCAAGGAUCUGAACAUCUUAUCUAUCAAUUGAAGAUGUCUCUUUAUAGGUUGAAGUAAUUAUCAAAAUAGUGAUAUAAGAAGUUUGACUCUUACAUAUUAAAGAGUGACUAUAUAAGAUAUGAUUUUGAAUUCACAUGAGAUUACUAGAUUGAAGACACUAUUGAGCAAAAAAAAUGACAUGAAGAAUAUUAGUGUGGUAAAGAGGAUUCUUGAUAUGAAUAUUCAUAGAGAUUAAGAGUUAGGUUAAUUAUAGUUGACUCAUAGUAGUUAUAUCUCGUAGGUGUUCAAUCUAUUUAGUAUAAGUAAUAAUAAAAUAGUGACCAUUCCUCUAGUUAGUCAUUUCAAAUCAUCUAUUAUUUAGAUAUUACUAAGAUGAAACAAAUUAUUUAUGCUAGUUCUAUUGGCUCUCUCAUGUAUGCUAUGGUCUAUAUAAGAUCAUGUAUUACUCAUGUAAUUAGAGUUGUUAGUAGGUUUAUGAGCAAUCUAAGAAAAGAGUAUUAGAGCAUAGUGAAGUGGAUUAUUUGAUAUUUAAAGAAUUCUUUAAAUUUUAAAAUUCAAUUUAACUAAUAUAAUUGUCUCUCUACUAUUAGCUUUGUUGAUGUAGAUUUUGUUGAGAAUUUAGAUCAUCAAAAAUCUACGACAUGAUAUAUUUUUAUAGUGGCUAGUAAACCUAUGAGUUGGAAGUCUACACUUUAGAUUAUUGUCACAUUGUCUACGAUUGAGGCAAAGUACAUGACAACUAUUAAACGAGUCAAGAAGGCCUUGUGGUUGAAAAGAUUAUGAAUGAAUUUGAGAUCUGACAUGAUGAAGUUCCUCUACAUUGUGACAGUCAUAAUAUUAUUUACUUGGUCAAGAAUUAAGUCUAUCAUACAUGGUUAAAACAUACUGAUAUACAGUAUCACAAGAAUUACGAGUUGAUGAAUUAUGAAGAUAUCUCUCUAAAGAUGAUUCACAUGGAGAAGAAUGUCACAAAUAUGUUGGCGAAGGUCAUCACAGUGGAAAAGUUCAAAUACAUAUUAUAUGUACCUUACAGGAGGUGACAAACUUACAACAUAGAUGGACGUCAACUUUAGGUGCAGUGAUGACACCUACCAAGGUGGAGUUUGUUGACAGUGUCAAUUCAUCACGGCUGACACAUUUGGGAGAUCUGUGAGGAGCCUCCUCUCAUCUCAACUAUUUAGGAGACAAGCAAGUGACCCUCUCCCAUUUGACUCACUUGAGAGACAUGUGAGGAGUGAGGGGCAAUGACAUAGUUGUCACCUCAUUUUGUUUGACCUAGUUAGGACUCUUGUAGGUAGAGAAAGAUAGUUAUCACCUCAUCCUUUUUGACUCAUUCAAGUGUGGUGUAAGGAGAGAGGGAGUAGGAAAUGAAGGAGGUUGAAGUUGUCACCUCUAAUAUGUGUGGGCUUGGCCACACGUAGAUCAAGAUUUUUUUUUAGGGGUGAUUAUCUUUCCUUAUUUUCUAUAAUAUAAUACGUGUAUUUAUCCUUUCUUGAGUGUUACAGACCAUGAGAUUAUUCUCUCUCUUUUGAUUUUAUUCUCUCUCUUCAUUAACUCUCUUUUUCUUUCUUAGUCUCUUUUCUUUCUUCUAUUACAGAUAAAUUCUUUAUAGAAAGAGAUAAAAGUUUAUUGUUAAGUUUUCAGUGUGAGUCAUCUUGAGGAUGUUGAGACAUAGAUUAGAGGUGUCUGGUGGAAGUCUUGUUUUCAUCGAGAUUCCUGAUAAUUUAAUGAUUUAUUUUCUAUUUAUUCUUUUGAUAUUUAGAAAUUGAGUUUCUGUUAUUAUUGUGAUCAUGUGUUUACAUAUUUAUUCCUAUAAAGAGUCAACUAUACAUAACUAAAUUUUCUACACUAUGAUAUACUGAGGUUCUAUAGAGAGGCCUAUAAUUCCCCAACUACAAGAAGAAUCAGCAGGGGGAGUUCUAGGUGGCCAUCGUCACCAUCGUUGGGGAUGUGAUUGGACGUAGGUUGGACGCGGAUGAGAGGACUGGAGUUUCUGCAUGAUCUGAGCACAAAGAAGGAGGUCAGCGAAGUGUUGGAGAACGACGGAACCUUGUGGCUGGGAUCCAUCGAGGGGCCUUUCGUCGGUGUCUACAAUCUCUCUCUCUCUCUCUCUCUCUCUCUCUCUCUCUCUCUCUCUCUCUCUCUCUCUCUCUCUCUCUCUCUCUCUCGCUCGCUCGCUCGCUCGCUCGCUCUCGUCCCUGACCUCCCUCACACCAGUCUUUUCGCAGCUCUCUGUUCAUCUAUCGGUUACAUCUAUCGGCGACUCCAGUCUUCGAACAUCGGCUGUCUCUCUCUCGUCCCCGAUUCCUGUCCUUAA